UAAUCUAGAGAGUCAGCCCAAGUCAAGUGAGCUUGCACAAGAGACGUCAAAAGCUAAAAAAUCUAGCUAUAAAGGCAAUUAUCCCUCUCUAGCCAACCUCUGGCACCUCACCACCUUCUAGACACAACCUCCGGCAUGGUUAGGAGACUUUCUCCCCUCUCUUCCUACCAAAAAUCCCUCAUUUAACACCAUCCUAACCAGUCUAUCUAGACUCACAAGGCACCGUCCAUAAGAACUACUGGAGACAAAGCAGGGUUAGAGAAGACGAAGAGAAGUUUAUAGCCAAAGCGUAUGCUAAUAGUUAUGUCAGGACUAUCGAGAAAUUUGAUAAAUAAGCCCAAGCAUAAUUUCUUUGCAGUCACCCUUGAAGAGAGCAAAGCCUUGGAGUUUUUGAGGUUGUUGGAACCGUUAGGACUGCCAAAGCAAGAUGAUGCAUACAUUUCCAGGUUUCCUAAAAACUCUUUGCAACUAAAGAAGUCGCUGAGUUCAUCAGUUCCAAGUAGAAUGAAAAGAGUAUACCUGAACGCAGAUUCGCCCUCUAUGAUUAAGAUAACCCCUUAUUUUAACCAGAUCCUUGAGAUCAGCAACAAGACGACUCAGAGGAUUGUGCUUUCAAAUUUCCUAUUGAAUGAAAGACAGAUUCGCAGAUUUUUAUUUGCUAACAGAAAUAAGAAGUUCAUUAAUUUCUGUAAUUGAGAGAUAGUACUUCCAAGUGUCCCUCCAAGCGGAUGGCUGCCAUCUAGCCAGAUCGAGAGAUUUGGGAUCUUUAUAACAGGUACCUUAAAUAGAAACUACUUCUACUCUGAUCAUGACAAUUUUGAAAACUUUGUGGCUGGCUUAGCCAACCAAGAAGAAUUCACAAAGAACUUAAUCAAAUUCGAGACUGAUGACUACAAAAUCGGUGAAGAGACCACCCUCGAAAUCCUCUCCAAAUAUGGAUUUUCUUAAUCAAAACCCACCCUAUAUCCAGCACUCACCAACAUCAAUC